AUGGCGCCCGUUGCACUUUCGCCUUUACCAGCGAGCGUCACGGUUCUGCUCGCUACGGGCGCCGGGACGGCACUAUGCUCCGCGUCGGCCAACGCGCUGAAUGAGCUUCAAGAAGCGCCGUUCGACGCGCAGAUGGGAAGGACACGCGGAAGACCGCUCGUGAGGCGGAUCAUCAGUCCCACGCAUGCGGCACUGUUCGCCGCGGGCACUGGCAUCGCAGGGCCGGCCAUUCUCUGGGGUUUGGUCAACCCUACAACAGCACUCCUGGGCGCAGCGAACAUCGUGCUCUAUGCCGGGGUCUAUACGGCUAUGAAGAGGUUCACAGUGUGGAACACCUGGGUCGGAUCCGUCGUAGGAGCAAUACCUCCGUUAAUGGGCUGGACGGCCGUAGGCGGACAUCUCCUUCCUUCAGCCGACCACCCUGUCACUCUGUUCCUCCCACAAUGGUUGAGCAGCGCGCCAAUGCCAGAUCUGACGCUCGUGGACAACCCCCUCGCACCACUCGCGCUGUUCUUGUUGAUGUAUCAUUGGCAAUUCCCACACUUCAACGCUCUAGCACAUUUCGUGAGGAACGCGUAUGCGCAGGGUGGAUAUCAUAUGCUUAGUAUCCUCGAUCCGCGCCGGAACGCGCUCGUAUCACUCAGACACACUGCCUUGCUCGCGGCAUUGUGCACCAUCCUCGUUCCGUUGAGCGGGUUGACAACAUGGACGUUCGCUCUGACGAGUGCGCCUGCACACGCAGUGCUGUUACAAGCGGCGUGGAAAUUCUACAAGCAGGGAGGAGAGGCGCAUGCGAGGAAGCUGUUCCAUCAUAGCCUAUGGUACCUGCCAGUUGUGCUCGGCUUGAUGAUGGCGCAUAAGCAGGGGAUGGAGUGGACGAGCUGGGUGGGAAUGGGUGGUGAGGAGAAGGCCGAGGAAGAGAGCAAGAAAGGGGAGGUGGAGAGUGCUAUCUAG